AUGCUUGGUGGCGACGUACAGAUUGAGUCGAGCAAACAGUAUGGAUCUACAUUCACUGUCACACUUCCAUCAAUUCGGUUACUACACGACCCGCUGGAAGGGGCAGCGAAGGUUUUCAAUACGCAGUCUGGUACUACUGAGCUGCCCCAGCUAGGGAUUAGUCUUUUCAUACCAAGACGUUGGGAAACCGGAGAUGCAGUACGAGACCAACGGCGACUUGGGUUACUCCUAGAUUCGCUCACACAAAGUCUAAGACGUUGGUUCCACAUCACGGUCAUUCCGUGGGAAAGUGCAAGCACAAACUCGCGUCCGCGCCUGCUUAUCGCUCUAAAAGAGGACGAGGACGCUGCGAGAUUGAGCUGCGGUGGCACAUUCGACCAUGCUGAGCGUAUCUUGCUCUACCCUGAUGUGCAAACCGCUGUUAGCCCGUACACAACGCCUUCAGAAAAGGUCGCAACCAUCGCCGGCCCUAUAACCAUUUCGAAACUUCAAGAUGCGCUGGCGCACUUGUUUCCUAACGAAGUCUCACCCUUCGAGCUUCGACUCCAUUUCGGUGAGACAUCAGAUACCACGGAACACCAGGAGCGAUCAGUCGAAGGAAGUCAUAAUCAAUCGAGUGGCGACGCUGCCGAAACAGGCGACGACCUACCAACAUCAUCACUGUCACGUUUAGAACUUGCGGACAGCCCGCAAGUAAGCAGUGAGGAAAGCGUGGCGCAUUCGCCGGCGAUACCAGCAGUCGGCCUGCCUGGAGCUUUGGAGACGGACACAUCAGAAGGGCGCAAUGAAGCUCGAACAUACGACUACGACAUUCAGGCGCAUGCAGAGCAAGCGAAAGAACCGACUUCAUCUAAGUCAUCAAAAGCACCUCUAGCGGAGCCGAAGCUGCUGCUUGUCGACGACAACGCCGUAAACCUCAAGGUGCUCACCAUGUAUGCACGUAAAUGUAGCAAGGCGCCUGCGACCUCUGUCGGUGGGGGUCGAGAAGCCAUCGACGCGUUCAAAAGCGCUAUCGAACCAGAUGACGGUAAGGCUGCGCAACCGUUCGAUCUAAUUUUCCUCGACCUCUCAAUGCCAGAUGUCUCGGGCUUUGAUGUCGCGAGAGAGAUACGUGAGACGGAAGCACGAUUAGAGCGUAAUAGGACGUACAUAUGUGCACUUACUGGGCUAGUGAGUGGAAAGGAUCGUAAUGCGGCGUAUGAGUCCGGUGUCGAUAAUUACCUCGUUCGACCUACAAGACUCAAGGAUCUGCAGGGCAUUAUUGAAGUUUGGAGGAAUAGUUCAGGUCAGCAAUAA